AUGCUACUUAGGUUAGACCUGCCGCAGCAGCAGCAGCAGCCGUCAGUGCGCGCUGCCGAUGCAGCAGCAGCAGCAGGAGCUGCUGCUGCUGCUGCUGCUGCUGCUGCAGCUACUGCUGCUCGCGCAGCUGAUGCUGCCUCGGCAGCAACAAUAGCAGCAGCGGGAACUGCCACGAAUCUUUGGAGGCUGCAGCAGGUGGAGCAGCAACAGCAACGGCAGUCGACGAAGCAGCAGCAGGAACAGCAGCAGCAGGAGCAGCAGCAGCAGCAGAUCAUGGGAGCGCAGUGCACGAAAAACGCAGCGGUUCGCGCCACCUCAGCAGCAGCUGCUGCUGCUCCUCGUAUAGACAUUGCUGCUGCUGCUUCUGGUGCUGCUUCUCCCUCCGCCGUAGCUGGGUGUACGAGUGAAACUGCUAACGUAAGACAGCAGCAGCAGCAGCAGCAGCAGCAGCAGCAAGAGCAGCAGCUUCUGCGAGAGGAGGGGCUGCGCAUGCAACCAGAACGACAGCAGCAGCUGCUGCUGCAGUCAGGAGCAAGUGUCUUCAGUGAAGUCGGCGCUGGAGCAGCGGGAACUGCAGGGGCUCCGGCGCAGACAGCAGCAGCAACAGCAGCAGCAGCAGCAGCUGCUGCUGCUGCUGGACAGCAGGGAGGGCCUGGGGCUGCUCUAGGCUGGCAUGACUUGCCUGGUGCUUCCCGUCGAGGAGGCAGCCGCAGCAGCAGCAGCAGCAGCAGCAGGGGCCAUCGAGCUCAGCUGCAGGUCCGCCCGGGUGAUGACCUGACGGCAGCAGCAGCAGCAGCGAGUGCUCCUGCAGGAGCAGCUGCUGCAGCAACAGCAGCAGCAGCACCACCACCUCCACCACGAGGGAAAACCCGAGCUCGGCUUCACAAAGGAGGUGCUUCUUUUGAGGCCGUCGCCAGCGGAGCAGCAGCAGCAACAGCAGCAACAGCAGCAGCAGCAGCAGCAGGAUUUGAUCGGAAUCAAGGAAAGCCUGCUGCCGCUCCUGAUGGAGAAGGUGCUGCUGCCGCUGCUGCUUCAGCAGCAGCAGGCACUACUGCUGCUGCACGGGGCUGCAGCGGUUGCAGCAACUGUAGCAACGUGCGGGCGGAGUUGCUACGUGAGGCCAGCCGCACCAGCAGCAGCAGCAGCAGCAGCAGCAGCAGCAGCAGCAGCAGCUACGAGGCGUAUGCGCAGCAGCUGCUUAUGGAGUCUUCAUUAGUUGGUUCCUUUUUGAUGCUGCCCUGGAGCGAUGAAGACAAAGACAUAAAAAACAAUUUCUAUCUUGACUGCGACCCCCCAGACAGCAGCAGCAGCACAAGCUGCGGGCCUGCAGCAGCAGCAGCAGCAGCAGCUGCUGCUGCUGCUAUACAGACACAACCAGUCGCUAUACACAGUCGCGUGCCGCCACCCAGCGCCGCCUCAAUCCCUACAGCAGCAGGUGCUGCUGCUGGUGCUGCUGGCCGCCCCAUUGAACAGCAGCAGCUGCAGUAUUUGCAGCAGCUGCAGCAGCUACAGCAGCAGCAGCAGAUGAUGAAGCUCAAAGAAAAGCAAUUACAAGUGGAUUCAGGGACAGCUGGGCUGUACAUAACGGAGGGCUGCUGUGGCGGCAGCAGCGCUUCUUCUACGGAUCCUGCAGCAGCAGCAGCAGCCCAAGGUGGCAGCGCUUCGCGGGCAGCAGCAGUUGCUGCAGCAGCAGCAGCAACGCAUCCGUUAGGUUGGGUUGAAGGGAAGUGGUCUGACCCUGAGGGUUUUUUAUCAUUAUCUGAGAAGCAGCAGCAGAAGUUUUACGCGUGGCGGCGCAUCAGCGACGCCCUUCAGCAGCAGCAGCAGCAGCAGCAGCAGGAGCAGCAGCAGGAGCCUGUACAGCCUGAAGUGCUGUUUGAUUUACCUUGCAGCCGCAGCAUUCGUCAGGGGUUUGUAGGAGAUUGCUCUUUUCUUGCUUCACUUGCAGUGUUAGCAGACUACGAGCGUAGACAUAACUCUCCUGUCAUAUCUAGUCUUAUCCACCCCCAGCGGCGUGUACAGCAGCACAGCAGCAGCAACAGCAGCAGCAGUAGUAGUAGUAGUAGUGGUUGCAGUGUGAGCAGCCGUGGCAGCAGCAACAACACCAACACUAGCAGCAACAGCAGCAGCAGCAGCAGCAGCAGGAGCAGCAGGAGCAACAGUAGCUGCAUGCGUUACCGUCCAGUGUAUAACCCUCGAGGUAUGUAUGGUGUGAAGCUAUUCUUUAACGGCGUUGCGAGAAAGGUUUUAGUAGAUGAUUAUUUACCUACAAAAGUAGACGGGAAGCUAUUAUGUGCUCAUUCUCAGCAAGCAGCAGAGCUAUGGGUGUCACUUCUAGAGAAAGCAUUUGUUAAGCUAAUGGGAGGCAGCUAUAAUAUGCAGGGUUCGAACCCAGGGGCGGACCUUUAUCAUUUAACAGGCUGGUUGCCUGAGACUGUUCCUUUUAGAAGUGAUGUUCAUAGCGGUACACCCUCUACUCAUACACCGAUUAUAACAGGCGGAGAGACAGAAGAAACUCUAAUUAAACAAAGACAAAAUCCUACUUGGGACUUCGUCUGGUUUCAGCUUCAAAGGGGUUUAAGUGAAGGCCGCUGCGUUGCAUGUCUGGGUACAAGCGAAGUCUUCGAUGCGGCGCCCAGCGGCUUAGACUUUCCUGAAGGCGUCUCAGUUAGCACAGGCAUCGUAGCUCGCCACGCCUACUCUGUUCUUCGCCACGCUGAAGUCUUAGGCUUUCGUUUAUUAUAUGUUAAAAACCCUUGGGGCUGCAUGCGCUGGAGAGGCAAAUUUUCACCUGGAGAUAAAAAGACGUGGAACUCCGAACUCAAAGACGCACUCAACUAUGACCCGGCUGUUGCUGGCAAAGAAGACUGCGGCUGUUUCUGGAUUGAGUGGCGGGACGUCGUGCGGUGGUUUUCACAUUUGUGGGAGCGUUCUCGUUUCGUGCAGGAGUCCUUUUUGCCUGACGAUUCGCAUAUGGUGGCUUUUAACCCGCAGCUGCAUUUGUCUGUAGCAGCAGCAGCAGCAGCGCAGCAGCAGCAGCAGCUGCCUCCGUAUGUUUCGUUUCCGUCUCUUACGAACGGCGAUCUGCUUACUGUGGAUGGAAGCUGCAGCAGCAGCAGCGCUGCUGCUGCUGCUCUUGCUGCUGCUGCUGCAGCAGGUCUCGGCCCCAACUUACGAUUGGACAGCAGCAGCCGCUGCUGCGAGGGGUGCAACUGCAACUGCAACGGUAGCAGCAGCAGCAGUUGCUGCUGCAACUGCAGCAGCAGCAGCAGCAGCAGCGCUCCGGUAGAGCUGUGGGUGCUGCUGUCGAGACACGUUAGAGAAAGACAGAGAGAUCUGAGCGGGAAAUAUUUAGCUGUUCAUGUCUUUGAAGGAAGCAGCAGAGUUUGCUGCCCUCAGCCGCCAACUAAGCAAGGAGUGUACAGCAAUGGUGAAUGCACAUUGGUGAAAGUACGCUUAGACCCGAAGGCUCUUCAGGCUGCUGCUGCUGGUGCUGCUGCUGCUGCUGCUGCUGCCGGUGGUGGCGCUGCUGCUGCUGGUGGUGGUGGUGCUGCUGCUGCAGCUGCUGGUGCAAACAGCAACAACAACAGCAGCAGCAGCAAUAACAACAGCAACAGCAACAACAGCAGCAGCAGCAGCGCGGUGGCUGCAGCAGAACAGCAGCAGCAUGGAGUAAAGAGUAAAACAGCAGAUAAAGCAGUUAGCAGCAGCCUCCUGACAGCCUUAGACUACGUCUUAGUCGUCAGUCAGUAUUCCCAAAAGGAUGAGUUUAACUUCACGAUGAAGGUCUUUGCGCAGAUUCCCGCCCUUUUAAAGCCGCUGCCGCCUCUCUUUGGGCCGGAGUGGACUUCCGUCUACCUUAGAGGCGAAUGGAGAGGAGAGAACGCAGGGGGGUGCAGCAACGACCUCUGGAAUUUCUUCAGAAAUCCGCACUUCAGAGUUUUAGUCAACGAAGCUGUUGAUGCCGUUUUCUUUCUUGAAUGCCCAGAUGUCUCGCUGCGCCUAGAGAUACUUGCGCGGAAACUUCCCCUCAAGUCUACGCCGGUCUUGUCUUUAUAUCUUUUUGCUCCGACAGACAACAACAACAGCAACAGCAACAGUAGCAGCAGCAGCAGCAACAACGGAGGCAGCAGCAACAAGGGAGGCAAGCAGCUGCAGCUGGUUAAGAAGAGCGACCUCGAGGGAGGGCUCAGCGAUGACGGGAGAAUGAAAUCAUCUGCUGCUCAGGAUCUGCUGCAGCGAAAGGGUAUUUUAAACAUUACGCUGGUGGAGCUGUGUGACACAAGCCACGCGUAUAUCGUCUUUAUCUCAACUCCUCCGAGGAACAGCGGCAGCAGCGGCAGCAGCAGCAGCAGCAGCAGCAAUGCGGAGGCAGGUGUUGAGUGGGAACCGACUCCCUGGUUGUUGCAUGUAAUAUCUGACCAGAAGGUGCAGUGCACGGCGCUGUAG